GCCUGAGAACCACCGAUCUCCCACCCCACAAUUCACGAUGGAUCCUUCAUAUCUCCAGUCCCAGAGUUACGACGAAUUCUCGCCGGAAGAUUCCUAUCGCCUCCCCUUCGACGUCAACGACAGCGACGAGAUGCUCCUGUUCGACACACUGGCGGAGGCCACCCCUUCGAACCCGGUCCUGGCAGGGGAGGGUCGACCGACGGGCGAGCCGUGCUACCGCGGCGUCCGUAAGCGGCCGUGGGGGAAGUUCGCGGCGGAGAUAAGGGACUCGACGCGGGGAGGGGCGCGGGUGUGGCUGGGGACGUUCGACACCGCGGAGGCCGCCGCCCUGGCGUACGACCAGGCGGCGUUCUCCAUGCGGGGGCGGCUCGCCGUGCUCAACUUCCCAGUGGAGCAGGUGCAGGAGUCCUUGCAAGAGCUCGAAUGGGAUAAGGACAACUGCUCCCCCAUCAUGGCACUCAAGAAGAAGCACUCGUUAAGGAGGAGGAGGAGACCUGCAGUGAGCGGGAAGACCAAGGUGGCACAGAGCAGGAUACAGAGUGUCCUGGAACUGGAGGACUUGGGCACAGAUUACUUGGAGGAGUUACUGAGAGUUUCCGAACUUGCAUAACUCAGUAAACCUGCUCCCUGCAGCUCAAAUCAAACUCCAUGGAACUCGGAUCCAGCUUUCGGUUCCUUCAUCAUUAUUUAUUCUGCUUGCAUCAUUACUUGGUCCCCCAAAAUGAUGUAACAGGAAAAUGUAUGUGUUUCAGAUCCGUUGAAUCCAUGCAAAGAUGAGCGCGAUGGCUUUGCUUGCUUUACACCAA